AUGACUGAGCAAUUGUUCUCCAAUGAAAAAUUUCAAAUUUUCAACAAAAAUUUUCGUUUUCAACGAUGGUUUUACUCAUUCAUUGGCAUCAGCACGGUUUUUGUUAUUCUAUUUCUGACCUACAGUCAAAUUCGGGAUAUGAAGAACGAUAAUUACGAUUUUGCUUUUUGUCUUCUUUUAAUUAUUCAUUCAAGCAUCACGACUGCUAUGUUAACUACAAUGACGAUCAUUUUACUCUCGGGUUACACUGGUGUACAUUUUUAUAUUCGAUUUUUCUUAUUUCCUAACAAUUCCAAAACGGAUUUUUAUCUCAUCGCAAUUCGGUUAGGAUUUGUUCUGUUUCUCUUGAUUUUAUUGGUGCCAUGGACUAAUACAAUGGUUCACACACAUCGAAUGAAUAAUCCAUUCAAAGAGGAAAUUAUAUAUCCGAGAUCGACAACAUUUUCAUGGUUCCUAUAUCUUGAUUUUCUUCUUAUAAUUUCUUUGUUCAUCCUGAAUGUUCGUAGUCGAUCGGAAUUGAAUCGCAAUCAGUUGAUUUUCACUGGUGUUGGUCUAGCUUUAGCUUUAAUUUGGUUAGGUUUAGGAGUACUGAUGGCUAAUAGCAAGAUUCGCCAUCGAUUUUUCUUUCAUAUUUUAUCAAUUUCACAAAUCAGUUACAUCAUUUACACAACCUAUAAAGCUCUGAUGGAAUAUGCUGUUCAACCAAAAUUGGAUCAUAACACGUUAUUUUCAUUACUUCUAUUGAUUUUUCUAAGCUCAACUUCAGACUUGAAACUUAAAUCGGUAACAACUUUUCCUCCUAAGGUCAGCAAGUCGGCUAAAAACCGAUCAAAUGAUGUCAAAAAUGCGCGAGAAACUUUUUACAUGACUACUUCAUCAUAUGCCUUCUAUUUAGUGGCACAAAUCUUAUUAUUCAUAUAA